GUGUUUCGCGUCUUUUCCAGCCUGGACAUUUUCGCUGAUUUUAUUGGAACAUCAAGAACAUCUUGAGUGAGCUGCGGAAGCCACCUCGUCAGAUACGUUGUUGGACGGCUGCUCUCGGGAGACGGAACCAUCGGGCACACGCCAAAAUCAAGUCUUUGUACCAGAAGAGAUAAUGAUGACAUCGCAGCAGAGCCAGUACAUCAGGCAGCACCGAGUUGGGCUUGUGACUUGGGAGAAGCUUUAGAAACGUCAUCAGAACCAGCGUGUGAGCCGGGCCACGUCACCGACAAAUCUGUUCAAGUGCGGCUACUAACCCACCACGAAGCAUCACAAGCAGAGGAAAAGAAAAUUCUAUCAACAAGUGCUACGCAAACAGAGCCUCAAGCUUCAGGUUCCUUGGCUUUUACGUCUCUGGAACCGGCUUCUUCAUUGGUGCCUGUACGAAGUCGACUGCAUUCCUGCCAGGAGUGCACCUAUGUGACACAUAAAAAGUCAAAUAUGACCAGACACCUUCGGAUACACACAGGCGAACGCCCUUUCCAGUGCCACCUGUGCCCAGCAGCAUUCUCUCAGGGCACCAGGCUGGUGGCUCACAUGCGCAAUCACACAGGAGAGCGUCCCUUUUCCUGUGUUCAUUGCAAGGCAUCCUUUUCGCGGAAAAAUGCCCUUACUGUUCACAUGCGUACUCACACAACAGAGUGCCCCUUUUCCUGUGACCAGUGCAAUACAACCUUUUUGAAGAAAUGCAACCUCAUGAGACACAUCAGCACACACACAGGCGAGCAUCCAUUUUCCUGUGCCCACUGCAAUGCAUACUUUGUGCACAAAAGGAGCCUCAGGAGACACAUCCUCACGCACCACAGAGGAGAGCGUCCCUUUUCCUGCGUCCACUGCAGUGCAUCGUUUGUGAUGGAAACUGAUCUCGUGGCGCACAUUCGCAUUCACACAGCACAACUUCCAUUCUCCUGUGUCCACUGCAAUGCAUCCUUUAAGCAGAAAAAGAACCUCUUGAGACACGUCCGCAUGCACACAGGAGAGAGAUGCUUAUCCUGUGUCCAAUGCAAUGCAUCGUUUGUGUCUAAAUACUACCUCCUUCAGCACAUGCGCUCUCACACAGGAGAGCGUCCCUUCUCCUGUGUUCACUGCAAUGCAACCUUUUCGCGCAAAGGGAUCCUCGUGAUACACAUACGCACUCACACUGAAGAGCGUCCCUUUUCCUGUGUGCAUUGCGAUGCAUCCUUUAAGCACAAAACGGCCCUCGAGAGACACGUCCGCAGUCACACAGGAGAGCAUUGCUUUUCCUGUGUCCGCUGCAGUGCAUCAUUUGUGACUAAAUACGACCUCGUCGAGCACAUGCGCUCUCACACAGGAGAGCGUCCCUUCUCCUGUGUUCACUGCGAUGCAUCCUUUUCGCGGAAAGGGAGCCUCGUGAUGCACAUACGCAGUCACACAAAAGAGCGUCCCUUCUCCUGUGUCCAUUGCGAUGCAUCCUUUAAGCAGAAAAAUGCCUUUGAGAGACACGUCCGCACUCACACGAGAAAGCGUCCCUUCUCCUGUGCCCACUGCAAUGCAUCUUUUUCACGAAAACACAUCCUCGUAGACCACAUUUCCCGCCGUCAUAAAAAUGGCAAGCCAUAAAUGUGACGGGCCUAUGGGCUUUUCUUAAGGUGUGGCCGAGAGAGCAGAGUUUGUUGAAUAAAAGUCACUGUGAAAGUUUGGUUUCAAGGGACCCAAAGGCAAAUAAUAACAUUGCAUGUGAAAAUGAAAGGCCAAUUUUUGAGAACGUCUAAAGCGUAAGUGUUAGCAGCAGUACUCUACUAACCGAGAAAUUUAGGUAAGUAUAGCACACAAUAUGCGCCACCAGUGGCACAUUUAGGAAUGAGCCCGAUGACGUCGAGCGUCCCAAAUACAGUAAUCACUAGAGGCCGUAUUUUUAGUCAUUAAAAAAGCUCAUUUUAGGUGCCAAAAGUAGGCAGGCAAAAGAACGUUUUAGGCCUCCAAUAUCCUAAAUAUAGGCACAAUAAAGUUUCACAUAAAUACAAAUAAUUUCAAACACAGACGUGCGCGACCUAUGUCUAUGACAGGAAAACAAAAAAAUUACAUCAUCUCCCGCUAAAGGGUACCAUGAGGCGAUGCGAAGCCGGAGCACUUGCACGAUCGCUUUCCGUUGGUGUUCGCUGGGCAUGCCACCGACCUCGCGCCGUGGAACGCGAAGAGGAACACUACGCGUGUCGUGUCUUCUUUCUAGCCUGGCCGUUAACUCUCACAGGGCGUGCGGGGAACGUCGGCAGGCGCGCGAGAGAGAGGCAGCGUAGGAGAGAGAGAGGGGAGGGGACGCGCAUGCGUUGGCCCUCAUCGCGGCGCUGCGCAGGAGAGAAUUUCGGCAUGUCGAGCCCGCAUUUCAGAGGAGCCAACCGAGGCAAGCGCUAGACUGAACGCGCGCUUCGCUCUACCACUUGAAGGACAGGAGACUAGAGGAGGAGAGUAGCGUAUGCGCCGUGCGAGCAGAAGCGAGAACGCAGGAGAAGCGCAAGCAGGUGCUGGUAGAGAAGUGGAGAGAGUAACGCUUAGCUGUUGGAGAGAGGGAAGGAGGAGAGUCGCGCAUGCGUAGUGUGAGUGCGGACUACUACGCCGCGUGCGGAUUACCACGCCGCGUUACAUACCCCCGAGCAAGAGAUACUUCGCAUCUAAAAUGUUAUUGCUUAAGAUGGCACAAAGGUGUCACCAGUUGAGCAUCGCCGUGCAAUUGUGCUUUUUCCCGCAUGGUUCGCAGAACACGAUCUCUCCCGUGUUCUGCACGGUGAGUCAAGUGUCCAAUGUCGAAUCGGCACACUCCCGGGUGUCUUUUCGGCAUGACUGAGAAGGGUCUCUGAAAGGCCUGAAUGAGAAGGAUCCCUCCUAUUUGCCGGGUCGAAUCGCGUAUAGCCAUUUUAUCCCCUGGCAUUGAGCCACUGGCGUCGCCAGGCGGGGCUGGGGAAGGGGGGUUGUAUUCGGGGGUUUCAACCACUCCGCCCCGAGACUUUUCAGUUUUGCAUGUGUAUAUAUACACGUACAAACGCACGCACGAAGAUACAUAAAGUAUAGUUGAACACCCCCCCUCCCGAAAAAAUUUCUGGCUGUGCUAUUGUAGUGAACACCUUAAAAACUGUAUUAAAUGCAAAACAGAUGCUGCGUGCAUAUCACAUUUUUCUUUCUUUUCUUGCUCUUCACUCUCCGCCUGCGGCUUUGGUGUUUCGCAUUCGCCAACCACUCGCGCCAUGUCAGCGCGGCGGCGAAUUCUCGCCGGCGUGUCCCACUUCACUGCUGCUAGCGGUUGUUUUAGGGAGUUGGUUGAACUAAAGGACUAGGUUGAACCCCAUAGCUCCGAACAGUCAAUGUUGCGUGGUAGCAUGAAUAACAGGCUCGAACUGCAGCCGGGAGGGAAAGUUGAGGCUAAAUAGUGUUCAUAUAGGCAUUUGUAAGCAUUUACACUAAGAAAAAAAUCGAGUAUUUGGGGAGUCUUUCUGCCACACAACAACAAUCGUCAACCACCUCGCGUACUCUCCUCGCGUUAUCACCGUGGUCCCGGCACUUCCCUGUCACGUACGACGCGCGCAUUAUCAGCGUGGCAUAGCAUUCUUGAUAGGAAAGUGACGAGAGCCAGGUUUUCAAGAAAGGAAACGCGAGCAAGCCGGAUGACUAAUAUUGUUGUGUGGCAGAAAUAGUCCCCAAAUGCUCGAUUUCUUCUUAGAGUGUAGACACGAACGCCAAAAACACCUUUUCAAAUUCUCACGCCAGGGGGGCGCCAUAUUGAAAUGCGUGCUGUCUAACGCGCAAGUAUGGUGGCUAGAGCACCAUAGUGCAAGAUUGGCGAAAUCGCCAUCUUGGGCUGCGCGUACUCGAACCGGCGCGCUAUCCGUUCGUGCGAGAUCCCUGCUAAAGCCUGUGUUUGCUGAUUUUUCGUUUCUGGAGACUGUUUGAUGUCGUCGCUGCCUCUGACCGAUUCGUCACUGUCUGAACCGUUCAGCGGCGCGCAUUCACGCUUGCGACGCAAGAAUGAGCUCCGCGUCUGCGAACGGCAGUGCUUCGUCGUCGGUCAGUAGCAGCAAGCCUAGCACCGGGUCGAUCACGGCGUGAAGUGUUAAUAAUCGGUAACUAGAGUGUUCUUACAGCUGCCUACCGCUUUCCUUCAUUGGCGUACUAGAAGUCUACGGAUUAUCCAUCAGUUUCACCCCUCCGCGCAUACUCAUUCGCGGCGCGUAAGUUUGUCAGCUGUAAACUGCAAACACUGCACAAUCCUUCUUCUUCACAGAUACAUUGACCUACAUUCACCCCAACGACGUCGAAGACUAGGUCGAGGACACGUGUGAGUGGCCAGAAAUACGGCGAGUGAACAUUUUAGAUGCGAAGCAUCUUAUAGCGGAGUUCAAACCGGUGGUGGUGGUGUGCGGCGUGACCACCGUAACUGCGCAUGCGCAAAUCUCCGCUCCCGCUCCCCUUUCCUCUUCUCCACUCUAAAAUGCGGGCUCGACAUGCCGAAAUUCUCUCCUGCGCGAUGCCGCGAUGAGCGCCAGCGCAUGCGCGUCCCCUCUCCUCUCCUACGCUACACCCAUCUCGCGCGCCUGUCGACCGCGUUCCCCGCUCGCCCUGUGAGGAUUAACGGCCAGGCUAGAGGGAAGACACGACACGCGUAGCGUUCCUCUUCGCGUUACACGACUCGAGGUCGGUAGCAUGCCCAACGAACGCCAACGGAACGCGAUCGUGCAAGUGCUCUGGAUUCGCAUCGCCUCAUGGUACACUUUAGCGGGAAGUGGUGUAAUUGUUUAUAGCUCGUUAAGGCGAAUGCGUGGGGUUUUCGCCAGGUGUACAGCUACGAGGCACUUGAGUCUCACAACUACGUGCAGUCUGGCUGGGUGGGUCAGUCGCUGGCGCACAAUGUUAAGGAAGAAGUCGUGCUGCGUAGGGGAAUGUCACACCGUCGCAAGCCGUGAACAGUAGACCCCAUCGCGCGUGGGUUUCCGCGACGCCCUCCGGUGAAGUACGGCGGGCGCAGGCUGCACAUGCGUAACCGGACAAGGCGAAGUUUGCAGCCGUGUUGGCCGCUGUGUUAUGGACGAUAUGAAGUACGAAUCCGCAACAUUCUUACGAGUCAUCGGGGGCUUGCGUACCUUUCUUUCCUAUCCAGAAUGCUGCACGGGAACGUUGUUCUUGCCGCCAACAAAAUACCGGGAACAGAGGCGUGACGAUGGAGGCACGCGGAAGUUCUUCCGAUUUACUGAAGCCACCCACUGCUGCAGCAGUUCAGGCGACGAAGGAAAACGAUGCAGCGCGGACAUGCCAGACUUGCACUCAUCGCGUGGCGUGCUGUGCUACGGACACGCGAUUGUGCCUAAAAUACUUCUAUUCAGCUGCUUGUUCGUUCACCCGUACACGACACAGUGAUGGCCAAAUGACUUGCUAUGCGAAUGCAGUAAAUUUUCUGCCAUGAUAGUCACUUCGUAUCGGAGACAGGCGCAUACCGAAGUCACACAAACGCGUACAGAAAGAAACACCAACACAGCAAUGGCACAGUCCAAAGCACGAUGGCAACACUGAGCAUACCCUCUACUACCUCUACCCCAGCAGCUCACUGGUGCGAGGCUGCUCCUCGGAAAAGGUGUAUAGGCACUAUAAGAACACGAUAAAAGCCCUUCUAACCUCUAAUUCUGGCUGAUAUAUCAAAAUGGCCCGAUAGGAGCGCAAGGAACAAAAUUGGCAUUUGCCUAAAAUCCGGUCUCUGGUAAUCACUAGCACUCGGACUACUUAUAAGGAAAAAUAACGUUCCGUGGAUUACAAAACCUACUAAAAUGCUGCUUGUGCGUUACUAUUUGACUCAUGGAAUAAAGAACCUAACAGCGAAGCUGUUGAGCAAAUCAUUCCUUGUGAGUCGAUCGCAAAAAGCUAUCUAAUUGGGUGUACGCCACUGUGCGGCCUAUCGGAACUGUCAU